AUGUCUAUCUGUCUAUCUCAGUCUGGCCAUAUCUAUCUAUCUAUCUAUCUAUCUAUCUAUCUAUCUAUCUAUCUAUCUAAGUCUCUUGUAAUUAUCUAUCUAUCUAUCUAUCUAUCUAUCUAUCUAUCUAUCUAUCUAAGUCUCUUUUAUCUAUCUAUCUAUCUAUCUAUCUAUCUAUCUAUCUAUCUAUCUAAGUCUCUUUCUCUUGUAAUUAUCUAUCUAUCUAUCUAUCUAUCUAUCUAUCUAUCUUCUGGCCAUAUCUAUCUAUCUAUCUAUCUAUCUAUCUAUCUAUCUAUCUAUCUAUCUAAGUCUCUUGUAAAUAUCUAUCUAUCUAUCUAUCUAUCUAUCUAUCUAUCUAUCUAUCUAAGUCUCUUUCUGGCCAUAUCUAUCUAUCUAUCUAUCUAUCUAUCUAUCUAUCUAUCUAAGUAUCUUGUAAUUAUCUAUCUAUCUAUCUAUCUAUCUAUCUAUCUAAGGGCAAUCUAUCGAUAUAAUACUAAUUUCAUUCGUCUAUAUGUCUAUCUGUCUAUCUCAGUCUGGCCAUAUCUAUCUAUCUAUCUAUCUAUCUAUCUAUCUAUCUAUAUAAUACAAAAAGUCUGUGAAUCGUCGUACAUCAACCGUCUGGCGCAUUAUGAUUUAAGUUUCUUUUCACCUCUCUCUCUCUCUAUCUCUCUCUUUCUAUCUCUUUCCUUCCACGUAUCUCUCUUUCCGCCUCUCUCUUUUCCCUCAUCUCUCUCUUUCUGCUGGUCUCUCUUUCCACCUUUCUCUUUCCACCUCUCUUUCUCUAUGUCUCUCUCUCAUUCUACCGGUUUCACUUUUCACUCCUCUCUUUCAACCUCUUUCUUUUUCUCACUCUCUCUUUCAAUCUCUCUCUUUCUACCGCUUUCUCUUUCCACCUCUCUCUUUCCAUCUCUCUCUUUCCACCACUCUCUUUCCACUUCUCUGUCUCUCUCACUCUUUCCACCUCUCUGUGAUGCCGUGCUUACUUAUUUACAUUUCAACUUUCUUUAA